GGACGCGUAACAGUUAACAACACGUUCGGCCCAGCUCUAGUAACGUGUGUGUGUGUGUGUGUGUGUGCGUGUGCUUGUGCGUGCUCUACGUAUAAUUACAUUUGUAUUAACAUUGGCGCUAACGUUAACAUUCGCAUUAACAGCGACAUUUACAUCUAUUGUACAUUGUUCAAGCCGGGCUUUGUGCUCUUCCCAUUGUAUUUGAGCGCUGUGCUGUGUAAAAUCGCCAUUGUGAAGUCAACAAAUAACUAUUAGCAAACAUUUUUUUUUUAUUGUGAAUUUAUUUGAAGUGUAUGCGCGUGUGUGCGUGUUUGUAUGCGUUUAUCGGCCAACUAUACAUAUAGAAACUCAAAAUACAAAUACACGUUAUUAAAUUGAAAGCAAAGGCGAAAUCUAGCAUCGGAAGUGAUAAACUGUCGCGCAUCCACUAUCAUGGAUAAGUCCACGCUGACACAGAAGAAUUAUGCGAGCGUCUACAAUGAGACGACGAAGCCAAAGAAACCGAAACGUCGCGACAAGAGCGAUCUGGGUCCCGAUUUCGUGGCGCCCGAUGGCGGCUGGGGCUGGGUCAUCUGUGUGGCUGCGGGCUUGAAUAAUUUCUUUAUGUUUCCGGCACUGCAGCAGUACGGUCUGAUCUACCGGGCGCGUAUGUCGACGCUGGGCUUCGAUGCCAAGGAGACGACGAUCAUUGUGAAUGUGGUGAUGACGCUGUCUUCGCUAGUGGGCAUUGUCAAUGGAGCAAUGUUUCGGCGCUUCACCUUCCGCCAGGUGGCGCUGGCGGGCACAACCCUUGGCUUUUUGGGCAUCUUCGGUUCGGCCUUCUGCGUCACCUUCUGGCAGUACAUCAUCUGCCUGUCGCUGAUCUAUGGUGUGGGCCUGGGUCUGGCCAUGGCCGCCGUCUCGCUGGCCGUGAACACAUACUUUAAGCACAGCCGCCGGCGAGCCACCGGCUUCUCGUGGACCAUCACGGGCCUGGGACCCAUCAUCUUUCCGUACGUGUCCACCUUUCUGCUGGACUACUACGGUUCGCUGGGCACGAUUUUGGUGUAUGCCGGCAUCGCGUUCAAUGCGGUGCUCUGCGCCCUUACGCUGCAGCCGGUGAUGCGGCAUGUGCGCAAGCCGGAGAAGCCCGAGCCCGACAGCGUCGAUCCCAAGGAGCAGCCAGAGCUGCUCGAGGCCAAUGGCAAUCUGCUGUCCACGGGCAGCGAUCCGUGGAGCGACUACGAGUGCAAGUACUGCCAGUACCAGAGGCGCGCCAAGCGUGGCAUCUUCUCCUCGCAGUACCUCUUCAAUGACGACGAUCCCGACCAACCCGGCUACGAGAUCACAGAUCCAGGCACACCCAUGCUGGCGCGUGCCAACGACGGUUGGUUCGGCUCCAAGUUGUCGCUGGCCUCCGAGCGGCGGCAGGUGCUGCUGCGUCAGGCCUCUGUCAGUGUCGUGGCGUCGGCGGCCACCAAAUUGAGUCGCGACAACUUGGACAAACUGGAGGAGGCCAACGAGGCGGACCGGCUGCAGCGGCAGCAGGAGUCGGCCGUGGGUCUAUCCAAGCCGAACUACUUCAGUCGGGAACGCGGCGACCUCGGCCGGUAUGCGAGCAAGGCGAGCAUCUACUCCAAGCCAGGCGGCGAGGAGCUGCUGCGCUGCACUUGCGCCGAGGACAAGGCGGUGCUGGAGAAAUCGGCCGCGGCGCUGCGCCUCCAGGAGCAGGCGCUGCAGGCCGCCGUCGAGGCCGAGGAGGUGGCCAAGCGCAAAAUGAAGUUUCGCCAGAAGGUGGCCAAAUUCUUCGAUCUGGAUCUGCUGCGCAAUGUGACCUUUGUCAAUCUGGUCAUCGGCAUGAGCAUCAUGAUGUUCGGCGAGAUGAACUUCUCGGUGCUCACGCCGUUCAUCCUGGACAGCUAUGGGUAUACGAACGAGCAGUGCUCCCUGGUCAUGUCGCUGCUGGCCUGCAUGGACAUCUCGGUGCGCUUCCUGGCCCCGCUCUUUCUCGAGAAGGUGAACCUGGACAAUCGGGUGCUAUUCGCCUUCGGCAUCGUUUGCAUCGCUGUCGGCCGCGUCAUCGUCACCAUGGCCUCGUCCUACAACGUGAUCGUGGCCGUCUUUCUGCUCAUCGGCUUCGGCAAGGGCUUCCGCACCAUAUUCUCCCCACUGAUCAUACCCAGCUAUGUGCCGCUGCGUCGCCUGCCCGCCGCCUCCGGACUGCAGCUGAUCUUCAACACGCUCUUCUCCUUCGCCAUGGGACCCCUGCUGGGCGUCAUCACCAACGCCUAUGGCUACAGCGCCACCAUUCACUGCAUCAACACCCUCACCGCCGUCGCCCUGCUCAUGUGGAUCGCCGAGUCAGCGAUCCGACGUGCGCUCGGCAAGCCGUACAGCCCACCGGAACAGUAACGGUCAGCUGGGGCAGCCCUGCUGCAACAGAGCUACUUAUGCGGCCCACCACUGUAGACCAGUUGGCCCAGGUCAAAUCUACAUCCAUUUUAAUUACCUUGUCUAUAGUAUUAUCCUAAGCAAUUCGCAUUAGUUUCGGCUCGUAAGCUCAUAGCAUAAGUUGCUAGAACUUAAGUGAUAUUACCUAGCGUAAUACACGAUUUCAUACAC